ACCAACCCACUGCAUGUCGAGUCCUGCCUGCCUGCUCUGUUCCCACAUCACACCAGAGCCGCUGCCUGACACAACUGCUGCUGCUACUGGAUAUUUACCACUCUACAGGUUGGCUCUCAUCGCCUCCUAGUGGCAGAAAUUGAGACUUUGGGAGGAAAAUUCUCAAAACCACAGGAAAUCCUCUCUGACUGCAUCAAAAGGAACACAUUUCCUUCAAGCUUCUAAUACCAGAGAAAUAUGCACAACCAGAGGACUUUAUGACAGCUUUUCUGUGGAUCUAACCUUCAGAAAUCGUUCAAAUCCUUGUGGAAAUAACAAAAAAUGGCGACAGAGUCUUUCCAUGCCGCCUACGCUGCUGUAGCCCCGUCUGCCAACCCGAUGUCGCCCUCCACUGGAAACCUGCUUCGGAUGUUCCGCUCAUAUCAAAGUAACUCUGUCAUCUUGAAGCACUACAACUUCACAGGGAAACUCGAGGGCAGAUACAAGGAGGGACUCAAACCCGAGGCCAUCGCUUUCCUGCUCGUCUGCGUGCUCAUCGUCAUAGAAAACGCCAUCGUGCUUCUGGCCCUUUGGAAAAACAAGAAGUUCCACGUGCCCAUGUACUACCUACUGGGCAGCCUGACCCUCUCCGACCUGCUGGCGGGCUUCACGUACAUGGUGAACAUUGUAACAUCCGGCGCCAAGACUUUGAACAUGACUCCGGUGCUUUGGUUCCUCAGAGAAGGCGGGGUUUUCAUCAUGUUGGCGGCGUCCGUCAUCAGUCUGCUCGCCAUCGCCAUAGAGCGUCACGUGACGAUGGUGCGAAUGAAGCCGUAUCAGGGCGACAAACAAGGUCGGAUGUUCGCUCUGAUCGGCGCCAGUUGGAUGUUGUCCAUUUUCCUCGGAGUGCUUCCCGUUCUGGGGUGGAACUGCAUGGGUUUGUUGGACCAAUGCUCCACGGUUCUCCCGCUCUACGCCAAAAGCUACAUCCUGUUCUGCAUCACCGUCUUCAGCGCCAUCCUCAUGUCCAUCGUGGUGCUUUACGUGCGUAUCUUCCGCAUCGUGAAGUGCAACACGCAGCGUCUCGCCUCAGCACCGCAGCGAAAAGGCCUCUACCGAAAAUCCCAGAAGUACAUGGCGCUCCUGAAGACCGUCACCAUCGUCUUGGGAGUCUUCAUCAUCUGUUGGCUGCCGCUCUUCAUUCUCCUACUGUUGGACUUUUGCUGCCCGGCGAAAAGCUGCGAUGUGCUCUUCAAGGCGGACUACUUUCUGGGUAUCGCCAUGUUAAACUCCCUGCUGAACCCCAUCAUCUACACGCUCACGAGCAAGGAUAUGAGGCGGGCGAUUCUGAGGCUGCUGUGCCGACCUUGUCUGAUGACGAAGGACGGGCAGUUGAAGAAGAUCGGGAUGCCCUUCCUGGAGUGCAGCACCAGUAAAACAGACGGCGUUUCCCAUAGGCUGGAAGGACUGGAGACGACGGUGUCUUCUGGGAACUGUACGCCCUCGACUAUCAAAGCGAUUUACCCCAGGAUGUCCAAAACAUGACACACGGGACUCUUAGAGAAAGCACUCGGACUAAAACGUGGUCUCUAAAUCUGAGCUGUGCUUCGUGUUGGACUGGAGUUUACAUUUCCUGUUGCACUCUGCCGGAGUUUUUGGUAUUAAAACCUCAUGGACAGAAUAAGCUCGAUGCAACAGGAGUCCAUAUUGGGAGAAAGACAGUCGAUAUGCCUUAAGAGGAGGAGGCAAACUAGCAUUACAUUUAUCUUUAAGACACUAAAAACACGGCCAGUAUUAGUCAGAGCAUCUUCCGUGUAGCCGUUUCCUUUCAUCAGUGUUUGUUUUCCUCUUGAAAAGGAAAUUAAAGGGCAGAUGUUAUAGAUAAAUACAGGGAUUGUCAUGAUAUCAUCUCACAGUUGAAACAUGAAUUCAUUUGGGUGGUUUGUUUGCACGUGAUCUGGGAGCUGGGAUUUGGGAGCUCGCCUUGACAACAGCAGCAAAUCAACACUGAAAAUGUAAACAUGUGGAGCUUUUUUGGGCAGUUUUACUUAAAAUGACUGAAAUUGUUAUUUAUUAAAUUAAGAAAACAGUUAAUCAGUGAAUCCUUUGAACAAAUGCUCCAGAAAAGUAGUAAUCUAAUGUUGGCAGAUAGAGAAAUAAUGCAUUUGGUGGUUAUAUCUUUGGCCGUGAUCUUCAUUUUCCACUAUAAAUGAAGACGAAUAGACAGCAUGUCAUCUCAAUGGAGAUGGGUGUUUCUUUUGGGCCAAUUUUCUAAGAAAUCCAUGAUAUUUGAGCAAGAUUUGGUUGAAAACUGGCCUUAAGAAAAGCAGAAAAUCACAACAACAAAAACCACUACCAUCUUUGUCCGUUUUAAUUGAAAAAUGACUAAUUAUAAAUUGCAAUUAAUUCAUCAAUGACUCAUUUCACAGCAUUUAUGUUGGUGGCUUUUCCUUUCCAAUGUUUAAGGAAAUCCCAUCAAAUGUGUCUUACAUAUGGAUUUGAGGACAACAGCACAUUCAUUUUCAUAAUUAAACCACAUUUUCUGGUAGAUUUACUUGAAAAAUGACUGAAAUUAUAAAAAAAACAAAUCAAUAAAUCAUGUCAAGUGAACUAAAGCUGUCGGGUAGAGAAACAAGUGAUGUUUGGCUAUGAAUGACAUCUCAUGUGUGUUUGAAUGAACACAGUGUGCAGUCGUUUCACAUAAACCCAUUUCAUUGCGCUGAUAAACCGAGGGUAAAGCUCAAAGUGUGCCCUAUCUCGUCGCCCUGUGAUACAUUUAAUGACAUGUUGUUACAGGAGCAUCCACACCCAGAAAUCUGCAGCCAAACCCAUGUAAUGUCUGCCAUGUGAGGCUUUUUGGUCAUUCGCCCCGAUGAUCAGAGGCUCUUUUUUGCGCGGAGAGGCCCUGAACGCGUCAUACUGUGCUUUGGAGGUCCCUUCAACACAUGUAGUGACACGUGAUGAAUGACUCAAAGCAAUAAAACCCGACAGCGGAGGUUUGUUGCCUUCUCGGGCUGCAAAAUCCCAUUUAUGUGCUUAAUUAUGGAGAAAAGUUGCUCUACUUGUUGGAGAAAGUUCAAUGUUUCUCGUGUUGAAAUAGCAGAUAUCAUCUGUUCCCAGAACAGGGGGUGGGCUUCUGGGGGGAAUUCAUUUUGUGGUUAUAGUGACAUAGAAAAAUAAAUGUCUUGCUUUGCCAACUGUGUUAUUGUACAUACAUGUAAAGAGAAAAUCUAUUUACUUUGUUUUGUAUACUUUGUAAAUAUCUAUAGUCCUUUUUUUUUUGUAUUGUGAAAAACCUGACUUAAAUUAUGAUGUCACUUUUUAUAUGUGCACUGAAUAAAAACAUGUGAAUGAAGUUUACCUGGAGGUG